AUGGCGAAGUUGAGUGGAAGCACUAACUACAAGCUGUCCGAAGUGCGUCGCCUCCUGGCGCUCGUCGAACACUACCUCCCGCUUGACAAGGACGAAUGGGAGCGACUCGCAAACUCCUACAACGCGAACCGAGGCCGUGGUGUCGCCGAGCGCGACCACGAGAGCCUCCGUCGAAAGUUCAAGGUGCUCUACAGUGCGCGCAAACCUACGGACGUGGCCGACAUGCCGCCAAAUGUGCAGCUGGCGAAGCAGCUUAAACAAGCUAUCGACGACAAGGCCAGCGUCGUCGACAUGGACGACGGUGCCGACGUCGACCAAGUAGAGGAGGAGUAUGAGCAGGACUUCUCGUUCGAC